CAGACAAAAGACAAAAUAUUUACAUUAAUACCCUAUGACAUUACAUGACAGAAAUAUAUACGUCAGUUGCUUUGACAAAUAUAUUUACUGAAGUGUUUUAAAAAAUUCUUUUAAGCAGACUUCAAGGAUGUUUAUAUAUAUGGAGGCAUCCAGUCUUUAAGUAAAUCAUUGAAAUUAUUUCCUUAAAUGGAUCAUAGUUGAUCAUUUUACAGUAUUGGAACUUAUAUUCAACACUGCAAAACAAAUAUUUUAGUAUCUCAUUGGGUCCAAAAAAUUAAGAGUACUGUCAACCUGAGUGAGUGAUAUCUGAAUGAAGCUGAGGGUAAUCCUGGUUUAUAAUGGCCAUCAUUUAAUGUACAGUCUGCCUAUUUACAAUGAUGGCUUCCAUCACUGUAAUAAUAGUUUGACAUUGUGUUUAACUCUAAAGACUCUAAUGAUGAAACAACUGAGGAGCAUCGUGAACUAAUCGUCAGGUUUGGAUUUAGCAGGCGUUAGACGUGGUAAAGAUACUCUUGCUGCUCUUAUUUAUUUUGCUACGUCUUGGUUUCCAUAGUAAGAAUCCACGUGUAGAAGUCAGUUAUAGAUGUUAUUUAAAACUAAUUGAUAUUCAUAUAUCCUUUGAACUAUAUCUAUAUUUUGUCACAACUACAGACUUCAAUGUAUGUUAUUUUAAUUUUAAGCAUAAGACCAACAUAGGAGCAGUGCAUAAUUAAGUACAAGGAAAAUUAUACAUCGUUUUCAUUUUUUUAAUAAAUGGAAAUCUACAAAAUGUGGUGUGCUGUUGUAUUCAGACAUCUUUACACUGAUCCUCCUAAAUAAACCCCAGUGCAAUCAAAUUCCUUAAAUAAAUCACCUAAGUAGUAGUCAUUGUGGUGGCAUCAUCAUGCUGUGGGAAUCCUAUUCUUGACAGGGAAACUGGCCAGAGAUGAUGGGAAGAUGGAUGGAGCUACAUACAAGGCAUUCCUGAAAGAAAACCUGUUAGAGGCUGCAGAAGAUCUGAGACUGGGGAGAUUAGUCUUCCAGCAGAAAAAGUUUUAACAUACAGCAUGAGCAAAAAUGUGGUAGUUAAGAUAAUUGUUUUAGAAUAGAUCUGUUAGACUCGUCUCCUAAAUUCAACUGGGAAUGAGUGAAUCGUUUUAAAAAGAAGACAGGGUAAAAAUGUAAUCUCUAGAUGUGCAAAGCUGGUAGAGAUACCCCUAAAGACAUGCAGCUGUAACUGCAAAAAAGUGGUUCUUCAAAAUAUUUACUCAGGAACGACUAAGUCCUUGCGUAAGGCCUACGUUUUAACUUAACAACUUUGAAAAGCAUCGUUUCCACAAAAUAAAUAUGCACUACUUUGUGUGUCAUAAAAUCCCAAUAAAAACAUUGACGUUUGUUGUCACAUCACAAGAUGUAAAAUGCAUAAAAGGCUAUGAACACUCCAGUGAGGCUCUUCAUUAUAUAUAAUUAUUACACAAUCUAAAGCAAAAAGCAUCGAUCUUUUAACUACAUGUAUUUUGUUUUCAUGUUUUGAGCUCAGUAUUAUCAAUUAGUCUCCGCCCCUCAUUUCUGUGGCUGUGUUGUUGGCCCAAAAACUUGAAGAAACGACGAGACCUGGUGGAUUUUGGACUUCUGAUCAUUAAAAGUUAGAUCUCUGAAAGCGAUCGUGCAGUCAGGAUGUCUAAAAGCGAGACAGAGGAGAUGAUAGAGAUAGAGAUCGAUGAACGGGAGAAACAGGCAUGCCUAGAGGAAGGCAUUGAGGAGCAGACCAUCACUGCGUCUGAUUUAAUUCAACAAGAUAUUGACAUCAAUGAGCCCAUUGGCAAUCUGAAGAAGCUUUUGGUGCCUCGUGUCCAAUUCUGUCUGGAUGGAUUUGACAUCUGCUUACAAGACAUUCAGCUCCACCCGGAUCACAGUCUCUUUGAUCAGGGAGUAAAAACAGAUGGCACUGUGCAGCUCAGCCUGCAGAUUAUAACCAAAUCAGGGGAGGAAAAGCUGAAUAUUUUAGAAAUAGUGAAGCCCGUAGAAACGGUAGAAGUUGUGAUUGACCCGGAUGCGGCAGGAGAAGAUGGGGCGUUGGUGGACGAUGGACAGCUUAUCGCAGUAGAGCGGUCUUCCCUGUCCGAUGAGACCUCAGAGCAGGUGACACGUUGGGCCGCAGCCUUGGAAGGUUACCGGAAGGAGCAGGUCCGGCUUGGAAUACCAUACGACCCAUUGCUCUGGACAGCUGAUCAGGUGAUUCACUGGGCUGUGUGGGUCAUGAAGGAGUUUAACAUAGACGAGAUGGAAAUCGGCAGCAUCCACAUCCCCGGCCGAGAGCUCUGUGGUUUCAGCCAAGAGGAGUUCCUUCACAAAGUGCCAAACGGCGAGAUUUUGUGGAGCCACCUGGAGCUGCUGCGCAAAUAUGUGUUGGCCAGCCAGGACCAGUCAGGGGGGGACGCCACUGUCACUAUUGAUCAACCUGUUCAGAUCAUUCCAGCUCAAGUGAGCACGCCUACCGCUAUAAAAGUACUGAAACACAACCGGGGCCCCAGAACGCCCAGAAUUUCAGGAGAGGAGCGCAGUUCACCCGGCAACCGCACAGGUAACAACGGUCAGAUCCAGCUGUGGCAGUUCCUGCUGGAACUUCUGACGGACAAAGACGCAAGAGACUGCAUCUCCUGGGUCGGUGAGGAGGGGGAGUUCAAGCUCAACCAGCCAGAGCUUGUGGCACAGAAAUGGGGCCAGCGCAAGAACAAGCCGACGAUGAACUACGAGAAGCUCAGCAGAGCCCUGAGGUACUACUACGAUGGGGACAUGAUCAGCAAGGUGCAGGGCAAGCGCUUCGUCUACAAGUUUGUGUGUGACCUGAGGACUCUGAUUGGCUAUAGCGCUGCCGAGCUCAACAACCUGGUGACCGAGUGCGAGCAGAAGAAACUGGCUCGCAUUCAGAUGCACGGCAUUGGACAGCCCAUCACUACCGUCACGCUGGCCACCACGCUAGACAAGGACAGCUGAAGGAGGCCCCGGUGCAGUCUGGAAAUGAUGCGUCCUUUUAGACACGAAGCUGAUCCCCGAUCAGUGUGGAUUAAAAACUUUGUAUAAACAGUUAAAUUCAGCUGAGAAAGGUGGUGUUUUUUUUGUUUUUUUAGCUUUUCAUUGACUCGACCCAACAGAAGCGCGCUCAGGAUGAGGAGCGAAUGUGUUUAUAAUUACAGACUUUCGUCGUGUGCUUGGCUGAAUGAGUGUGACUGAAACCCCAAUUAAAAGCUUGGUGUUGUGCGCUCUUUGUCUGCAAUCCAGGAUCUUUUCCACUGUAUAUACAAAUAUGUCAUGUUUUUUGACAGCCAUGAAGGCAAGUGUAUUUUCAUAAGACCCAUUUUGUAUUUUAUUUAGCGCGUUUCCCUAAAGUGCUGGACCCUUUUUUUUUUUUGUCCAAUAGGGGGGAAUAAAGUGACAAGCAUUUUCUAACA